ACUUUGCAUUAUGUAAAUUGUUAUUAAAAUGAUUCUUUUUAGUGUUUUAGAGAUUGUCAUGCCAGAAAUAGGCAGUACUGUAAUAGAUGAUAUAGAAGAUCUGGUGCAGAGUUCUGAAACAAUAAACAGGUCAAAGUCAUCCAAACUGGUUGUCCGUGGCAAGAAGACAAAUGGAUAUUGUAAGACAGAAGAUAAAAUUUUGGCCGAUAGCAUUAUACCUGGUACUCAAAAGAUUUAUGUUAAAACAUGGGGAUGUGCUCACAAUAAUUCUGACAGUGAAUACAUGGCAGGACUGUUAUCAAAUUACGGUUAUAAAAUAAUAGGUAAGAACAUUUUCAUUUAGAUGUAAUAAUU